GCUGUCCCUUGGUGACAUCGCAGAGGGUCGGGUUACCUGGGCGGAGUGCGUUUGCCUGGUGUGUAAUGAGGAAGAGGCAGUCCUGGGAAGGUGCUCCGUCGGAGCCCGGAGGCAAAGCCAUGCACUGUGCCACUGAGGCUGCAAAGCCUCUAAUUAAAUUCAACCACUGUAAGAAACACAUCUACAGCUUCAGCGUGCCCGCGAGCUGCCCCCUCUGCCGGCAGGACGUGGGCCCCAGGACGCUGGACGAAGCCCCCGUCAGCAUCUCUAGCCCAUUCACCAAUGGGCACCAGGGAAAGUGCUCGUUCGUCCUCAGACCGACCCGGGGGACGUUUCUCAGGGAAUACGAUGGAAGGUCUGAUCUUCACGUUGGGAUAACGAACACACACGGGGUUGUGUACAAUUACGACGCGCGGGGGGUCCAGAGAGACACCGCGGGGUGGGAGCAGAGCGUCAGCAUCCCGCUGCUGCAGCCGGGCAUGUUCGGGCUGAUGGACCAGUGGGACAAGUACCUGGAAGACUUCUCCUGCACCGGGGCCUGGCUGCCCCACAGGUACGAGGAAGACGAACACAACUGCUACACUUACACGCUGUCCUUCAUCAACUGCGUCCUGAGCGCCGAGGGCAGGGAGCGGCUGAGCAAGCGCGAAUUCACUGAGAGGUUCGUGCUCCCGAGGACCAGGCUGGUCUCCAAGUACAUCGUGCUCUACCGGGCGGUGGAGGAGCACGGCUUCCACGUCACUGACCCCCCUGACCAGCGGACAAGCCCUCCCUGAGGGGGCUGUGCUGAGUGCGAGGAGAAGGGACUGGAAGGGGCUUACGGCCUGCAGUGAACACUCUAAGUGCAUUCAGCCGGGCUUACUGAAAAGAGGGUGCUUGUCCUUUAAGGCUGUUUCAGCUUACCGCAGGAUUAAUGACAAAGCGAAUAAAAACUGUCUGGCUUUUAAAAAUUA